UUUCGCUUUCGGACCUCGCCGCACUGUCAGUCAUUUCGAGUUCCACCGGAGCCUUUCUUCCUGAAAACCUCCAGUCCUGAUUGGCGCUGGUGUAUGCCCGUCAUACACGCAGAUGCAUAUACUGGCCACGCUCUUCUAAGCAUUCUUUUGAGCGAUAUCCAAGCUAUCCCUCCCACCACCAUCGUUCUUCCUACCCCAAACGCCAUCCUGCACCACUAUACUAUAUCCUGCGUGAUAGACGUGCAUCUACUCUCUCUUACAAGCAGCAUACUAUUAUCUUCACACACACACCGAGGAUGUACUCUUGCCGUACUUCGAGAAAUGCUGACCGGUCACACAGCCUAUUUCCUGUAGGGUGAGCCUGGCCCGCAGCGACGCGAGAGUCGAGUUUCUGCGGCAGCUGCACUACAGCUUUUGCGCCAACAUCUGGCCGCAACUCUUUGUUGGCUUGCAGAAAUCAUUUGCGUCUUUGACGAGGAAU